UGAAUAUUUACCUAAACAUUUGAUAAGUAAUAUUUAAACAGAACCUUUAAAAAAUUCUAUAAAUUUCGAUGUUUCACACUGAUUUACUAGCUGUGAUCUUCUUAUGUUUUGUAAUAUUUUUCAUAGCUCUUUGGUAUUUGAUAUUUUAUCCCAAUUCAAGACAGACUAUGAAAGGUACAAGACGUGUCAAAUCUAUGAAUAAACAGUCAAAUAAUAAAAACGCAAGAAAAGAGAUUGCUCGACUGUAUAGCUUUGAUAAAAAUGCCUAUCAAGAGAUGAAUCUUUAUUCAUGUGGUAUUAGUACUACUGAACAUUCGGAAUAUGAUUCAUUUGGUGAUACAAGUUUAAAGUCAGUCAAAGAAAUGAUGAGAUAUAAAGAAAGACAACAAAGAUACAGUUUACAACAAAUGUCAUCUUAUCAAUCAAAUGAGAAUGAUCAAAUAUUACCAGUCGCUAGUGAUAAAACAACAAGACUUAUUUUUGGUUUACAAAAUCCACCAUUGAAUAUUACCAAACUUCAAAUGGUACAACCAGAUUGUAAAAUGGUUACAAAGAAAGGGAGAUUACUUCGAGCAUUCUCUGAAAGUUGUACAACUAAAUGUGCAGGUCACACUGGUGGUAUUAGUCAUGAAAACAGUGAGAUAAGUAACAAUAAAAAAUCAAUAUCAACUGAUAAAAAAAUUCAAAAAGGGAUUCAUUUACCAAAGUUAAGUGAUUCAAAUCUUGCCGGAAACUUACAUCUUUGGUUAAACAGUACAAAAUUCAAUAAAUCAUUAUUUCGAAGUGAAAAAUCAUUAUCUUUACCAAGUGAAUCUGUAUGGUCAGAGGUUAAACGUCGCUUAAGUAGUACUGAAAAAGUUUUCGAUCCUGUUAUGCGUAUUUUGUCUACAGUACCGUUGAAUAAUCAAACAGAUUUAGACAAUAAUACGUGGACAAAUUUCACGACGAAUCCAGAUACAAAUGGACAUAUAUGUUUUUCAUUGGCGUAUACAUGCACUGUCGGAAUACUAAAUGUAACAAUUAACCGAUUAAUCGGUGUUAGUAAUCUUGUUAAAAAUUCAAAUAUUUUACCAAGUCAAACAUCAACUAAUUUUGUUGUAAGUUUACGUUUAAGACACAAUAAAAGUUCUACAAUUUACAUAGCAGGAGACGAUGAAGAUAAUGAAGGGAGAAUAAAUUCGCGUAAUAAAAGUGAAGGUUUUCAUAAAAAUUAUUUUACACAACCAGUUUCAACUUCAUUAAACCCAAGUUUCGAUCAAUCAUUCUUAUUCUCGGUCACGGUGAAUGAAUUAGAUAGUGUUGAAUUAGUUUUAGCGGUAUUCCAGUCAACAACAGUGAAUGAAUUUACCAGCUUAAAUAAUAAUAGAAUGCCAAGACGUAAUAAUUCCGUCGUUUCAUAUCAUCAUUCAUAUCCUUAUGGAAAUGAUAGAUGUCUACGUAGAGUGAAUAUGAUAUCUGAAGAGAUGAGAUGUAUUGGUGUAACGUUUUACAAAUUAAACCAACAUGAAUUAAUUAAUUGUCCCGAAAAAAUGCAAAAUAUUUGGCAGGAAUUGCGAAAAUUACCAGAGUUUCAAAGUAGACAGACAAAAAUAGCAAACUGUGAUAACAAUGACUCAAUGAGUGAUUCAACAAAUUACAAGGUAUAUCCAUUCACUACAGAAAAUCAAUUCGAGGAUGGAAAAACUUUGCCAAAUGUUAGUUCAGAAGUUCCACAAAUUCAAGAGUUAAAAAAAUCAUUGGUGAAAGUAACUAUUCAAUACAAAAUAGAUUCUUCUAUCUUUGACAUUUUUAUAGAAGAGAUGAAAAAUGUGAAAAUUUUAAAAAAUGAAACUGAAAUGAUGUUUCAAGCAUUAUUCUGCCUUGGUAAUACAACCUUAUCCGUUGUACGAUGCAAACCGAUUCGCCUUGAUAAAACAAAACCAUCUGAUGAAGAGAAAAGCACUGAUCAAAAUGACUUAUUCCGAAUUUACAAUCAUAUUUCACUUCCUGAUGACGAACAUGUUUCAGUAAAUGUUGAUGUGAAUCGAUUAUUAAACUAUAAUAAUAUUGGAAUAAUUUUACAAAUAUUUACACGAACAGAUACAUCGAAUCACUUAAGACGUGUGGCAAAUAUUUCAAUUGGUGUGACUAAAUUAACCGAUAACUUAGCAUCAAUUCAGUGGAACGCUUUAAUUAAAGAGUUAAAACAAUUGAAAAGUAAUAACCAAUUAUUUGGAUCAACGAAAAAAUUCACUUAUUGGCAUUUAAUGGAAUCAUCCUGAUUAGGGCUCUUUUCUCUCACUUUUUUUCAACUCGUUAAAUCAAAUAUAAUUGAAAUGAAAUAAACAUUUAAACAAAUGAACAGUUGACAUGUUAUAAAAAUAUAUUGUGUUUAUAAGUUCAUAGAGAAAACGUAUGAACGCAUCCAUGCAUACAUACGUACACGCAUGGAUAUAUGCAUACAUAUAAACAUAGAAAAGUAAAUUCAUAUAAUUGAAUAUACCCCGUGACUUAGAUAUUUGCUAUUGUUUAUUUGUUUGAGUAGAUGAGUUAACUUUUUUUCUGCAUAUUACAAUAUUUAUAACUAUUGAUAACGCUGUCUUACCUACAUUUUUAUCGGAUAUACAUAAAAUAUAUUGUAUACCUAUUCAAAGGAGGGUAUAGAUCGGAGCUCAUGGCUAUAUGUUUAUAUCUCUGACAAAACAUCACCUUUCUUAAUAUUGAAGAUAUACUUCAUUGUUCAGUACGAAGGAAUAUAAAAAUAUGGUCUAAUUUAACUUGUUUUAAAUUGCAUCACCCAACAAAAUUAUUCUUAUAAAGUGUAUGUCUCUUACAUUAGAUAAAUUGUGAUAAAGUUUAUAGGAAAAGACCAGUUAAUGCACAUUGAUAAUUACAAAGUGUUGAUAAACUUUAAAUGAUUAAUUAUUGAGUACUGAACAGUCAUAUUAAUUUAAUCUUUACAGGGCUAAUCGAAAUCUGUAGAUGAAAUUACAAUUUGAUCACUAGUUUAAAUAACUGGACAUUAGAUGAACUAUUUUGAGGUAUUAUAUGGUUAGAGGUUUACCAUCAAGAAACUGUGAAUCAAGGUGGUUCACAUUCUUUUGUCAACCAUUAUCAAGCAUCUUUCUAAUAUGUUGAAUCUUGAAUGAAAACAUCUGAUGAAUGGAAGUGCGUAUUUUACUGCAUAGAAUAAAAUAAUUAGUUAACAUAUCAAACAAAACAUAAUAAUUUAAGAUUGGUUAGUAUUCGCUAGUAAUAGACAAUUAUUGUUACGGAAUUUUAUUUCGUGAGAAAGCAUGAGGUGUGCGCAAUUAUUUGAAAAAUUAUUGUUGUAAAGAAUGAUUCAGUGUAUCAUUUUAAAUCAAGGCUAGUUCUGCUUAAGUAAAAAAGGUAGAACAAUGAAAACUAACGUCCAGUGAGUCAGUCUUGAAUUACGUAGAAUAUGAAGAACUUGUUCUUCUGAUAAGUUUAUCGCA